AUUGAAGGGUACUUUUUCAUUUUCUGCAACAAUAUUGUUCUGAUUAACAAUGACAUGAUAGUGUAACUACAAUGUGUUGAAGAAAGAUGUAAGAUGGCGGCAUUGUAUUUCUGUGCAAUCAUCUUAUAUAUGCUUCUUGUGCCACUUUCGAUAGUAAAUGAAGAUGUACAAAAAGAUUUUGCAAACUGCUGCCCCCUAACCCCAAAACACACUACUGCUGCAAAAGAUGGGAGACUGAAAGCCCACUUACAGUUCUCUGACGCCACAAUCAAUAAGCCAAGUGUUAACAUGCAAUUUCGCGACAAAGUUGUCAUCAAAGACUUCCCUUGGAAUUUUCUUAUGUGCCGAGACUCCGUUAAAGGACAUGGGGAGGCUUCUCAAAAAUCUGCUGGUGGAAAGUAUGUUCAGAAAGCCACGAAUUCCAUGGCAAAAAUAAUGAAUUCUUGUUUAUUCUGGAAGGUGUGGAUGUAG